ACUGAUGCAAGUUAGCCAGAGCAAUCAUGGCCGCUCCCUUGGCAAAAGUGCCGUGUAGAACGUGACAAACGCGCGGUAAACCGAGUACUCGGGCGAAAUUCCGUCAAUAGGCAUAGAUAAACAGGACUGUACGCGAACGCGGUUCCAGCUGUACACUCCUCACCUAUCUCCUCGCAAACUCAGAUGGUCCUUUGCUCGUUCGCAGUUCGUUCGCACUUAGAGGCCCGCCGGGAUUCGCCAACUGAGUCUACAAACUUACUCGCUGUCAAUAGAUGGAAAUAAUUCCGGCUAAUUCUAUAAGGUAGACAUUAGCCUAAGCACUUCGUAGUUAGACCGGUAAAUGCACCACGACGUGAAACAAUGAUGCCUAUAAAGGACAACCAGGAUGUGGCAUGCUUUCUGGUCACCAAACACUCGUGGAAGGGAAAAUAUAAACGAAUAUUCUCCAUUGGUUCCAUGGGCAUUACAACAUACAAUCCCAGCACAUUGGAAGUCACAAACAAAUGGGAGUAUGCUGACUUUAUAAGCGUACAACCGACUAAUAAAAAUCAAGUUGGCUCGCAUGAGUUUAGUAUCACUAUGCGCAAAGAGAGGAAAAUUGAAACAAUGAAAUUCAGUUCAGAGUAUAGAUCGCACUUGCUCACAGAAGCCUUAAGAUAUAGAAGCCAAUUUGCAGAAAAACCAAAAGAAGUUUUGAGAUUUCCAGCUUAUAAACAUCAUUGGUCUGAUACAAGAUUACCAGUUGUGCUUGAGGUUACUCCUUACAGUCUUGAUCAAUUAGAUCCAGCUACUAAUAUGGUCUUAGCCAGCUAUUAUUACAAAGAUUUCGAAGGCCUUGUGACUGUAAAAGACUACACAAAUGGAUUUGUGGUAGUUUGUGGUGGCUUUGGACGCUUACAUUUAUUUGCCUCUCAAUACAUAGACGAAAUUAAAAAGAAAUUAGUAGAAUCUGCAAUGAACAACUUGGCUAUAAUGAUAAGAGUCCCAAAAGAGUCCAUAAAACUUGAUGACUUUGUUGCUCAGCGACUUGGAAAGUUUAGUGGAGAUGAACAUAUUACGAGUGUUUCUGAAUUUACUGUACAUAAAAAUUCUUCAAGGCACCUUGAACCUCAGCGUAGAACUCUUUGUCUCUCAGACACUUGCUUGCUAGAAAGAGAUCCACAAACUUAUAAUAUUUGCACUUUGAGACCAUUGUCUGAUAUUUUUGCAUUAGUUCGUGAUAACCAAAACCCACAAUUAUUUAUAAUUCAGUACAUCAAUGGAGAAAUGCGUAGUUAUAUAGCGACAGACAGAGACUCAUUAUUAGCUUCAUUAUUGGAUGGUGUAAGAGCUUCUGGUAACAGAGAUGUGCAUAUAAAAAUGUAUCCCAUAGCAAGGGGUAAGAGAUUAGGUCCUUUGUGUUUGCCAGUGGAUGAAGAAGCUGAAACGUCACACGUGAAAUUUCUCCAACAACCACCUGGUGGGCGUGCAUUUGCUGAAAUCUUAGAAAGGUUCAAUGCAAACAUUCCUUACAGUGGCCUUUUAUAUUCCGUCACACAAGACGGGCUUUUCACUGAAAAUAAAGAUAAAAUUAUACUUGGAGCUUUGAAUGCUGUAGUUGGUAAGGAACUUGAAACAGAUUUUGAAAUUGAGGCACAGUUUCACGCUUUAAGAAGGUUGGUUGCCAGUAAAGUGGGAUUCACAGCAUUUACAAACUUGCCAGGCUUUCGCGAAGCUAUCGGUAAUAAAGUUGUGAAAGCUUUGAGAAGACAAAAUACUGGUGUAACACAAGCUGCUAUUGAUUGCAUCUGCGCUCUCAUGCAACCUAUGCAUGAUGACUGUGAUUUGAGGCAGGAGCAAUUAAAUAAAAGCAGCUUAUUAAGUAGUAAUAAGUUUUUAGAGAGUUUAUUAGAAAUGUGGAUCAAUCAUGUAAAUCACGGAACAGGAGCUCUAGUAGUAUCUGCAAUGUUGGAUCUUUUAACUUUUGCUUUGUGUGUACCUUAUAGUGAAACAACAGAUGGAAAACACUUUGAUAAUUUGUUGGAGAUGGUAGCAGCAAGAGGAAGAUCUCUCUUUAAGUUAUUUCAACAUCCAUCUUUAGCCAUUGUUAAGGGUGCUGGCUUAAUCAUGAGAGCCAUUAUUGAAGAAGGAGCACAAGAAGUAUCAGCUAAAAUGCAAGAGCUGGCUCUUGCCGAAGGUGCCUUGCCUAGGCACCUUCUUAACAGUUUAUUUACAACAGGUACCGAUGGUAGAUUGUUGACUCAUAGGCAAUUAUGCCGACAUCUUGUUGGACUUUGGGUGACAGGUCAUCCAACGGCUAUGGCGUUAUUAAAAAGAAUUAUGCCUAUUGGAUUAUUGAACUAUCUUGAAUCUGAUGAAAAAAUACCAGACUCAUUUAAAGAAGAAGAAAGACUUGAUUACCGUGAUAAUCUCAAAAUAGCUAGCGAUCAUGCUGCAAGAAACAAAAAAAGUCCUCAGUGGAUAGCCAUUGAAAGGCAAAUGAGAGUUGUAGAAAAACAUUUAGAGAAUGCUUUAGAGCAUUGGGGAGCUAAAGUCGGUAUUGAGAGGAGAGAAAAAAUUAAAGAAAGACCAAUUGUUCUCAGAAAACGCAGAGAAAGAGUAAAGUCUGAAGCUAAUUGGAAACUUUUUUAUUAUAAAUUUAGCCAAGAUCAUGCUCUUCCCAAUUUAAUCUGGAAUCAUAAAACACGAGAGGAAUUACGAACGGCUUUAGAAAACGAAAUAAGAGCGUUUUCUUCUGACAAAGAUUUAUCGGGUGGAACUCUGAUCGCGUGGAAUCAUCGCGAAUUUGAAGUACAGUAUCAAUGUUUAUCGGACGAAGUCAAAAUAGGCGAUUACUACCUCAGGUUAUUACUAGAAAAAGACUCUCCAGACAGUCCUAUAAGAAAAUCGUAUGAAUUUUUUAAUGAUUUGUAUCAUCGAUUUUUAUUGACGACAAAAGUAGAUAUGAAGUGCCUUUGUUUGCAAGCUAUGACCAUUGUUUAUGGAAGAUACUUUGAAGAUAUCGGCCCUUUUUCCGAUACAAAAUACAUUGUAGGAAUGUUAGAACGUUGUAUCGACAGAACGGAACGGGAUCGGCUUGUAAUGUUUAUCGACAAACUUAUAUUACAUAGAAGAAAUGUUAAGGACAUUAUGGAUCAAAAUGGCGUAAGGACUCUUGUAGACUUACUAACUUUGGCGCAUUUACAUACAUCUAGAGCUGUUGUUCCAACUCAGACCAAUGUAAUAGAAGCCGGUCCCAAUCAAGGAAUUAUAAUGGAAAAAGAAUGGUAUUAUAAUGACGGGGAUAAGCGUAAAGGGCCUAUCAGUGUUAAAGAUUUGAAAGACUUGUAUGUAUCAAAUCAAAUAUCACAUAAAACAAAAGUAUGGGCUCAAGGACUGGACAGUUGGAGAGUAUUAUCUCAAGUGCCCCAAUUGAAAUGGUCACUGGUAGCAAAAGGAUCCGCCGUAAUUAACGAGAGCGAUUUGGCAACUUUGAUUUUAAAUAUCUUAAUAAAAAUGUGCGAGUACUUUCCGAGUCGAGAUUCGGAUAAUGCAGUAAUACGACCUUUACCUCGAGUCAAGCGACUUCUAUCAGAUCUCCAGUGUCUACCGCACAUUGUUCAGUUGCUGCUUACUUUUGAUCCAGUUUUGGUAGAAAGAGUUUCUAUGCUGUUGUGUGAAAUUAUGAGGGAUAAUCCAGAAAUUUCCAAAGUUUACUUAACGGGCGUUUUCUAUUUCAUCCUCAUGUAUACGGGUUCUAAUGUCUUACCAGUAGCAAGGUUCCUUCAAUUGACUCAUACCAAACAAGCCUUUAGAGGCGAUGACAAUACGCCAUCUGAUAUCAUGCAAAAAAGUAUCCUUGGACAACUUUUACCAGAUGCUAUGAUCAGUUACUUGGAAAAUCAUGGAGCUGAGAAAUUCGCACAAAUUUUCCUUGGUGAUUUCGAUACACCUGAAGCAAUAUGGAAUGCCGAAAUGCGCAGAAUGCUUAUUGAAAAAAUAGCUGCACACAUUGCGGAUUUCUCACCUAAAUUGAGAAGUCAUACUAUGUCCAGAUAUCAAUACAUACCCAUACCUGCUGUAAGGUAUCCGCAAUUGGAGAAAGAACUGUUCUGUCAAAUAUUUUAUUUGCGUCAUCUUUGUGACACCGUAAAGUUUCCUCAGUGGCCUAUACCAGAGCCUGUUCAAUUAUUAAAAGAUGUCUUAGAAGCUUGGAAGAAGGAAGUUGAAAAGAAACCUCCUAUAAUGACUGUUGAUGAAGCCUACGUAACUUUGGGAUUAAAAGGUGGUCAGCAUCAUGAUGAAGCUAUAGUGAGAAAAUCUUACUACAAACUGGCACAAAUGUAUCAUCCUGACAAAAAUCCUCAAGGCAGAGACAAAUUCGAAGCUGUUAAUCAAGCUUAUGAAUUCCUCUGCAGCAGAUGUUGUUGGUCAGCCGAUGGACCAAAUCCAGAUAACAUCGUUCUUAUACUAAAAACACAAAGCAUACUGUUUCAUAGAUACAAGGAUGAACUUGCUCCUUACAAAUAUGCAGGUUACCCACAGCUAAUAAAAACUGUUAAACUUGAAACCGACGACGAGCGUUUAUUUUCAAAAGCAGCACCACUUCUUUCUGCUGCCAGUGAGUUAGCAUAUCACACAGUUCAUUGCUCUGCUCUUAACGCUGAGGAGUUGAGAAGAGAAGGUGGUUUAGAUGUUCUAUUAGAAGCAUACACAAGAUGCGUAUCUGUCCUGAAUAAAUCAAGCAAAGCUAACGAUGUGGCUGUUCAAGUUUGUACACAUAUAACCAGAUGUUUUGCUGUUGCUGGUUCAUUCAGAGGCUGCAGAGAUAGGAUUGUCGAACUCCCGCAGUUGAUAAAGGAUUUGUGUAGAGUUCUACAUUUCAGGCGUUUAACGAAGCUGUGCUCCGUGGCAACGGAAUGUGUAUCAUCGCUCGCGACUGACAGUGUUCUUCAAAUGCAGCUUUUACAAUCGGGAGCUUUAUGGUACCUAUUGCUCUUUAUGUUCAACUAUGAUUAUACUUUAGAAGAGGGCGGAGUAGAAAGAAAUCAGGACGAAAACAGACAAGAAGUUGCUAAUAAUUUAGCGAAACAAGCAGUAAGAGCUUGCGCUAGACUCGGAGGUUACAUGAAAGGUGAACAUGAGACACCCUACAAUCCAGUGACAGUAGCGGCUCUGGAAAGCUUGCUAACACCUUAUUUAGCCAGACAACUUGCUAACGAUAAACCGGAAGAAAUUCUUAAAAUAUUGAAUUCUAAUUGUUCUAAUCCGUAUUUGAUUUGGGAUAACGGUACAAGAGCCGAAUUGACAGAAUACCUUGAGGGUAAACUUCAGGAAAAAUUGGACGGAAAUAGUAAUUUCGAACAUGACUUUACCGACUUUAAUUACACAUCGCACAAAGGAGAACUUGUUAUUGGCGAAAUAUUUGUCAAAAUAUUCAACGAACAACCUACUUUCCCUAUAGAGAAUCCAAAAGGAUUUACAAUAGAUUUGUUAGAUUUCUUGAAAAGAUCUGCAGAUUAUGUUGCCUCUUUACACAGCAACAUCACGUUGACAAAGAAAGAUCACGAGAAUUUAAAAUGUAUUGUUAUGUCUUUAGAGGCUUUAACAAAUAUCAUCAAGAAUAAUCCUGGCGUGGAAAUUCAAUGUAUUGGACACUUUAAGCUCCUGUUCAGUUUAACAAGUUGCAGUAAUUUCAAACCCAUACAAAAAGCUGCUCUGCAAGUAAUCAACAAUGUAACAAAGAAUCAAGAAUGUGUCAAUGACAUAGCAGCUAAUGAAGUUAUUUUGCACUUAUUAUUAUGCUUGAACAGUCUGAAAGAUAGUCAGUUAUUGAUACUGGAGACACUUUAUGCUCUCAUGAGUACUACGAAAAUUGUCAAGGAUGCUUUGAAUAAAGGGGCAGUAAUUUACGUUCUUGAUCUUUUUUGCAAUUCAACUAACUUGCAAAUUCGCGAAACUGCUGCAGAAUUAUUAGCAAAAAUGUCAUCUGAUAAAUUAGCUGGUCCAAAAGUUAAGCUUGAUCUGUCCAAAUUUUUGCCGAGAUUGUUUAGUGAGGCUAUUCGCGAUGCUCCAAAACAAUGUGUACAGAUGUUUGAAACUAGACAAGAGAAUCCUGAAUUGAUUUGGGAUGACGAUACAAAAGCUAAAGUUUCUAGAAUAGUGGCUGAUCUUAAAGACGAAUACUACAAUUUACAAUGUCAAAAUGCUAAUGCUACUCUUAAACUUCCUGACACUCAAAAUAAUGUUGAUACUGUAACUAAUGAACCAGUAGUAGGUGGCGUUUACCUGAGAUUAUUCAUAUCUAGUCCUGCAUGGGCCCUCAGAAAGCCAAAAGAAUUUUUGAGUGAAUUAAUGGAUACUACUUUAACUUUAAUGUCUAAAGAAAAGACUGAUUUCGAUAUGUUAGAACUAGCUACCCAAGCUCUUGUAUGCUUGUUGCAAGCUCAGCCAACUUUAGCAGAUCAGGUACCUUCUUUGGGACAUAUACCAAGACUAUGUAGACAAAUGGCUGUGCAAAAUAGUCAACCACCCGUUUACAAAUCUGCAAUCUUAAUACUUCACCAACUUGCAACUAGUGAAAUUUGCAUAUCUUCAAUUUGCCAAACAGAAUGUAUUAGUCCACUGAAGCAUGCAAUGCAAUCAAGAAAAGAUAUGAUAGCAGUGGCAUGUGAAACAUUAAACAGGCUAUUUUCAACCAAUGAAGAUAGGCUCAUUAAACAGGCUUUGGAAGCAGAAAUGGUUCCAUAUCUAUUAAAUAUUUUGGAAGGCCGCUUGGAUAUCCUUGAAAAUCCUGCAACUACCAAGGCACAAAUAGUUAAAGCCUUGAAAGCCAUGACAAGAAGCUUUACUCUUGGUGAAAAAGUCAGUGCUAUACUUGAAAAGUCUAGUAUAUGGUCAGAAUAUAAAGAUCAAAGGCAUGAUUUGUUUAUUUCAAAUACAUCGAUGAGUGGCUACCUUACAGGUACAUUUUCUGGUACACCUGUGUCGGCUGGUUACUUAACAGCAGGGCCAAGUGCUUCAAUCCCAACUGGACCACCACCAGUAGACAAAGAAGAAAGCAUUGUAAAUAGAAAGGACAGCAUCUGAUACAGGUAGCAACUGAAAGGUAUUCUCCAAACAGUAAAAGUUCUCACCAUUGACACUAAUGACAGUUCAAUGUUUUGGUGCAGCAAAACUACUUUAUCUGUGAUUUAAAUAACUUUUAAAAUAUGAACAAAGGUGUUCAUUUGAAAUUUCUUCCUAAUAUUGAGUUUUUCAAAGCUAUAUAGUUGGUCUUUGAAUUAAAAAAAAACAUAAUAGUUAGUAUUUUUUUUUCAGUAACAGAAAUAGUACAUAUUUUACUUACAAACUUGAAGUUUGAAGUUAUAUACAUAUUCUAAAUACAAUAUCAUAUUAAUUUGUCGAUUAACUUAUUUCUUUUUGACAAAUUUUUGAUAAACUCUGCACAUACCCAAAAAUUGAUUUUUGAAGACGCCAACCAACAUAUUUACAUAACGUCUGCAAUGAAAUCAAAAAUCAAUACAUCGAGAACAAUGACUUAAAGUAGUCAUUAGGGUUCAAGUUAUACUGUGAUAACAGGAUUGCACAGUAAAGUGGAUCAUGCAUGAGCUUGUAUGCUCUCUGUAAUUAUAACUGUGAAGAAAUAAUGGAGCUUGAACGAAAACAUUUAUUUUGGAUCAGUAAAGUUCAAUGAAUAUUUAUUUCUAUAAACAGAUUUAUUUCUGUAAAUGAUUAUACUAAAUAUCUUUUUCUGUUUUAUCAUCAUCAUUAUUAUUAUUAUUAUUAUUAUUAUUAUUAUUAUUAUUAUUAUUAUUAUUAUUGUAGUAUAUAAGUCUUAAAAGUAUUUUGAUAUGAUAUGAAGUAUGAUCUUGCAUGCACACUGUAUAGGCUUGUAAGAUUGUCAACCUUAUACCGAGUUUUUUUAUAAAUUUAUAUUACAGUUUUAUAAUGAAAUCAAAAAUAAUUUUCUUUGAUUUCCAAUUUAGAUAAACAGCUUUAAAUAUAUUAUUAGUCUGUCGUAUAAAUAAUCUUGUUAUCACACUUCUGAAAUCUUUAUACUCAAAGUUUUAUAAUGAUCCCGUUUUUAUGUAAACGAAAAAAAUGUUAACAUAUUAAAAACUCGGUAUUCAAAGAUUGUAGAGUUCUGGAUAACUGUUUAUGUUGCAAUAUUUACGGAGCUGUCCGCCGAAAAAUGCAAUAUUAAAAAAGAAUUCUAUAAAUUGCCCGUGAAUCAUCUGGAACAAAUGUCCGAUUUAAGUAGGUUCUACUUUUAUACACGAUUUUGCGCGAUCGCAACCUAGCAAAAAAAUAAAUACAAUGUAUAGAUUUGUAGUAUAACUAUACGAUAUAUCAAUAUAAAUAUGAAUAUAAGUAGCAGGGUAUUUAUAAAAAACUUUUGCAACUGUCGUAAAAAAGCUGUAAAUAUUAUAUAUAUAUAUAAAUAUAUGUAUGUAUAUAGGUAUAUAUGAUAUAUACAUAUAUAUGUAUACAUAUUCAUAUAAAAUUACAAUAAAUCACGUUUUUAUAUUUAUUAA